AUGGACCAAGCCCAUGCUGAGGAGACCCUCGAAGAGGGUGCGGGCACAGUCCCCGAGUUCCAGGUCGGACAUAGCGCAGUCCGUGCCGAUGAACCCGUUGCUGGUGAGUCCGAAGGGCCUGAACUCGAAGCUUCUCGGGGGGAUGCACAGGACCCCGAUGCCACCGGUGUAAGGGCCUCUCAUGGAGGGGAAGAUGUGCUCGGAGACCUCUUCGACGAUGUCGAUGAGGACACUGAUCUCGAUGCUCCCGUCGCUCGCAAGGAGGCUGAGAGGCUUCAAGAUGAGCUUUCGAGUUGUGGGGAGGAGCUCGAGAGGCUUACCUUGAAGCUGAAAGAGUCGAAGGCCUCUUCUGCCCGAAAGGGGGAGGAGUUGAGCAGGCUUCGGGCGAGUUUGGAGGGAGUGCGCCAGGAAAGGGCUGACCUUGCUGAGCAGAUUGGGCAAAAGGAUGCCCUGGUGGGGCAGCUCUGGGAAGAGGCUGCAUCCAAGGAUGUGGAGAUCCUCAAGCUAAAGGGGCAGAAUGACAUCGUGACCUCGGAGAGGGACCUUUUGCGGGCGGAGUUGGCAUCGACCCAGGAUCUGCUUCGAAGUGUUCAGAAAGAGGCUGUUGCACUAACUAUAGCCAAGUCUGAGGCCGAAGAAAAUGCGUCUUCAUACAUGAAAGAUGCCGCCACUGCAAAUGAACGAGCCAGAGAAAUAUCUGAGAAGGCCGAGCAAAAACUGAAUCGGGCCAUUGCUUAUGCUCGUUCGCAAGCAAGGAGGCAGGCUCUCGAGGAAGCAAGCAAUAAAGGCGCUGAUCUCUCAGUUGAGAUCGAGGAAGCCUGA